UGAAAUACAUGAGAGAAGCAACCCCCUACGUGAAGAAAGGCUCUCCUGUUUCAGAAAUCGGGUGGGAGACACCUCCCCCCGAAUCUCCCCGCUUGGGUUGUGCCUCUGCUGACCCACUGUCGCAGCUUUCGCUCUCCAUCCACAGAGACAAGAAGACAAUACCGCUCAAGAUGUGCUACGUGACGCGCAACAUGACGGUGUCAGACCCUGAAAACAGACUUAUUGAAGUUCAUUCACCUGAUGCCAAGCACACCGUGGUGCUCAGGAGUAAGGAUUCGGCUACAGCCCAGGCCUGGUUCAAUGCCAUCCACUCCAGUGUCAAUGAGCUCAUCCCCAGGGUGAUUGCAGAGGUCAGAGACCAGCUGGGUAAAACAGGGAUUGCUGGAAGUCGAGAGAUUAGGCAUCUAGGCUGGCUUGCAGAAAAGGUGCCAGGAGACAACGACAAGCACUGGAAGCCAGUGUUGGUGGUGUUGACGGAGAAAGACCUCUUAAUAUAUGAGAGCAUGCCGCGGAUGAAGGAAGCUUGGUUCAGCCCGCUGCAUACCUAUCCCCUGCUGGCCACCAGGUUGGUCCAUUCUGGCCCAGGAAAAGGCUCACCGCAGUCGGGGGUGGAUUUGUCUUUCGCAACCCGUACCGGUACAAGGCAAGGGAUUGAAACCCAUCUGUUCAGGACGGAAACAAGCCGAGACCUCUCACUGUGGACGAGGAGCGUAGUGCAGGGCUGCCACAAUUCUGCGGAGCUCAUCACAGAAAUCACCACAUCUUGCACGUAUAAAAGCCAGGAGUGCCGUUUGACCAUCCAUUACGAACAUGGAUUCUCUCUUACAACUGAGCCGCAAGAUGGUGCCUUCUCUAAGACAAUUGCACAAUAUCCCUAUGAAAAACUGAAAAUGUCCUCAGAUGAUGGGAUAAGGAUGCUUUAUUUAGACUUUGGAGGAAAGGAUGGAGAAAUUCAACUCGACCUUCAUUCCUGUCCGAAACCAAUUGUGUUCAUCAUUCAUUCCUUCCUGUCGGCAAAGAUUACAAGGCUUGGCUUGGUGGCAUAAGUGAGAUGCAUCCGUUUCUUCAAAGAAAGACGGAGCAACCAUGCUAAUCUGAAGUACAGACAUCAGCAGCAACCCGUACCAGCUAGCAGCAUACCCCAGCCUGGGGUUCAGUACCAGGCCUUGGUCAUUUCUGCAGUCUUCCAAGGCCCAGGUUUCAUUUUGAUCAGCUAAAGAGGUGGCAUGACAAGGAAAACCGUGGAUUUCAUUGUAAAUAAUGGGAUUUUAAAAUCUCAUAUCAGACAGUAAAAGCGUGUAGUACCAUACAUGUAAAUGUUUCAGAAUCAUAAAUUGUGCCUAUUUCAAUGUACUUGUUUAUAUAGAAUAAGUAAAGGGCUAAGCAGACAAGAGUGGGUGUUGGUUGUGAUGCAAGCU